GGGCUCCAUGGAAACCUUCGAGGACACAAAGUUUCUUAAACCUGGUCAGAGAUUUCUCCUUGAUCGGCACCAAAAGUUUGUGCUCUAUAAAGAAGGAGGAAGGGCGAGAAAAGGAAGAGGAAGAGGAGGAGGAGGAGGAGGAAAGGAGAAGGAGGAAGAGAAGGAGCAGGGAGAGGAAGAAGAAGAGAAGAGGAGGAGGAGGAAGAGGAAGAAGAAGAGGAGAAGGAGGAAGAGGAGGAAGAAGAGGAGGAAGGGGAGGAGGGAAGGAAGAAGAAGAGGAGUAGGAAGAGGAGGAAGAAGAGGAGGAGGAAGAGAAGAGGAGGGGGAGGAAAGGAGGAGAUGAGGAAGAGGAGAAGAGAAGGAGGGGAGGAAAGGAGGAGAGGAGGAAGAGGAGAGGGAAAAGGAGAAGGAGGAAGAGCAGGAGGAAGAGGAGAAGAGGAGGGGAAAAGAGAAGUAGGAGGAGAAGGAGUAGGAAGAGGAGGAAGAAGAUAAGGAAAAGGAAACGGAGGAGGUGGAAGAAGAGGAGGAGGAGGAGGAAAAGGUGGCUUUCUCAGUAAGGUUGCAACCAAUGGGCAUCAGAAACAUGCGACCCCCAGCCCUCCCUUCCUCUCGAAGGGUAAUAAAAGACGGGGCGCGCCGUGGCCUUUGGGAGGAAGGCAUCGCCUCUCCCUCCCGCUCCUCUUGCUGUCCUCUCUCCGCGCCUGGAUGAGCCUCUCCAGCGAGCGCCAAGCCCGUCGGGGCUCCGACGGGGAGGAAGAGGAGGAGGAAGAGGAGGAAGAGGGGGGUGUUUCGGGCGAAGGAGGCCAACCCGGGGGGCCCCUUCCUCCGGAGGAGAGUGGGGCGGAGGCCGGGGGCGCCUUGGCCAAGCCGCCCUUCUCCUACAUCGCCCUGAUCACCAUGGCCAUCCUGCAGAGCCCCCGGCAGAGGCUGCCCCUGAGCGGGAUCUGCGCCUUCAUCCGCGCCCGCUUCGCCUACUACGGCGCCCGCUUCCCCGCCUGGCAGAACGCCAUCCGGCACAACCUCUCGCUCAACGACUGCUUCGUCAAGGGCCCCCGGGAGCCCGGCAGGCCCGGCAAGGGCGGCGAGUGGAGCCUCCACCCGGGCGCCCGGGACAUGUUCCUCCACGGGAGCUUCCUCCGGAGAAGGAAGAGGUUCAAGGGGCUCCCGAGGCUGGCCCCAAGCCCUCCAGGAAGCCCCGCGGGGCUCCUACUCUUCCCUGGCGCCCUGCUGCCGCCCCUGGCACCCCUCAAUCAUGCCCUGGCGCCUAGUUCCUGGCCAAAGGACAAGUGGCACGCGUUGGUCGAAGACAAGGCAGAAAGCAGUAGCAAGAGUGCAUCCUCCUCCUCCUCGACGCCUUCCUUGCAAGAGGAAAAGUGGCACAUGUUGGUUGCAACAGGGUGCGAAGAAAAGGUAGAAGUGGCUUUGCACCACACCAAGAGUGUCACCUCCUGCUCCUUCUCUUCCUCUUUUCCCUCCUCUUCUUUCAGCAUCGACAGCAUCCUGACCGGCUCGCAAACGACCCCCACUUUGGUCCCUUUUGGGGCGCUGCUCCCUCCCGCUUCCUCCUUCUCGCUGGAUGCCCUAUGGAGCCGAUGCCCGUCUCUGCUGCCUCGCCCUCCACGCCUCUUCUCGCCCUCCAGGAAGCCCUCCUUCCCCUGCUCUGCUACAGCCCACCAACAUGUCAAUGCGGCUUCGCUUCUGGCAGCAAACCCGGGCCUGAUCCCCAUCACAGAAGUGGUUUCGGUCUCCUUCUGAAGGAGCCCACGCCCUCCCCGCCUACAGCCUCUCCCAGGAGGAUGUUGGCACCUCCACCUGAGCUUUUGAUUGGGAAUCCCUUCUCAAAGGCGACAGGCGUCUUCCUUGACUAUUGUGGAGGUGGGAGAGAGUCCCAGCCGCCCAUCAGUAUCCAACAUGGUUUGGCACUCAUGGGGCUGUUGGAAAUAGCAACCUCCCAAGCCUCUCACUAUUUAUUUAUUUGUGUGUGUGUGUGUGUGUGUGUGUGUGUGUGUGUGUAUAUAUAUAUAUAUGCUUAUAUAUAUGUUUAUAUAUAGGAGCCCUGGUGGUGAAGUGUGUUAAAGCGCUGAGCUGCUGAACUUGCAGACUGAAAGGUCCCAGGUUCAAAUCCCGGGAGCAGAGCGAGCGCCCAAUGUUAGCUCCAGCUUCUGCCAACCUAGCAGUUUGAAAACAUGCCAAUGUGAGUAGAUCAAUAGGUACUGCUCUGGCGGGAAGGGAACGGUACUCCAUGCAGUCAUGCCGGCCAUAUGACCUUGGAGGUGUCUACGCUUCGGCUUAGAAAUGGAGAUGAGCACCAACCCCCAGAGUCAGACAUGACUGGACUUAACGUCAUUUAAUUAAAUUAAAUUUAAUUAAAAUGGGGUUUUUUUGUGUGUGUCAGGAGCGACUUGAGAAGCUGCAAGUUGCUUUUAGUAUGAGAGAAUUGGCCGUUUGCAAGGAUGUUGCUCAGGGGAUGCCCUGAUGUUUGAUGUUUUUACCAUCCUUGUGGGAAGCUUCUCUCAUGUCCCCGCAUGGGGAGCUAGAGCUGACAGAGGGAGCUCAUCUGCGCUCUCCCUGGAUUCAAGCCAGCAACCUUCAGGUCAGCAACCCAACCUUCAAGUCAGCAGUCCUGCCAGUACAAGAGUAUAAUCCACUGCACAACCAGGAGCUCCUUAAUUAAAACAGUAAAAGACAGUGAUUGCUGUAAUAAAAACAGUAUAAGAUUAGUAAAGUGCUUGAUGGAGAAUCUUAAGGUUUAUAUUUACUUUUUGCAUCAGACCUCAGUGGAGGUGGAUGUAUGUAUGUUGCUGCUUAAGUAUACUUAAAGACUGUGGACUAUUGAUUAUGUAUGACAUGUUGUGUACUCAACACAGAGAAGCUACAUCCUAUCUGUAAUUAAACUUCAAUAAGAAAUGUGCCUGUGUGGUGAAUUAAUACAAAAUGUUCAUGAGUAAACAACAUAUGUUACUUUUCAAAUAAGACUUUGUUUUUAUCACUGAAUGCAUACUUUUUAAGGCUUUUAAAGGGAGUGUAUAUGUUUUGGGCAAUUACAACUGCAAUUACAAUUACAACUGCAAUUACAACUGCAAUUUCAACUUUAAAAAGAAACAAUCAUCCUCUGCUAACCAAAUAUAUUUUUGUAGUGGCAUGUUUUUGUCUUUGGCAGUUCAAAGACAUGGCUCUUCAGUUUAACAGCUGAGUUACCUGUGUGCGAUUACACAAAUGCUUGUGAAUAUCACUUGUUCAAAGAGUUGACAUCUAACAAGGUCAUGCUUUUCUUGACUAGUGGUUUUCAAAAGGUGGCCACCACAUAUUUAUGGAGAUUCACAUUAGCCAAACGGAUGUGACAUCAUUCUUCCUUUUCAACAAGGUUAUGAUUGCCAUUUAUUUUCAAAAAGAUAUGUGCACAGAGACUGAGUACAGUUAUUUUCCAAUACAGAGGUGGUUUCAGCCUCCUUCUGAAGGAGCCCACACAUUCUCCGCCCACAGCCUCUCCACUGAGGAUGUUGGCACCUCGACCUGAGUUUUUGAUUGGGAAUCCCUUCUCCAAAGGUGUCAAGAACCUGCCUCUGAGAGCGCGUUUACACUGAUCUGCCAUCCUGGGCCAAUCCUGUGUGGGAUGGGUUACACAGGCAUCCUCCCUGGCUAUUGUGAAGGUAAUGUUUACUUACUGUGGGUCUAAUCCCUUCAUCAUAAGUGAUCAGUGAUGUGCCAUGAAUUUCUUGUUGAUUUAGUUUAGGAGAGAGCCAAUACUGUGAAACUGACCACUUUUUGGAAGAAUUCUUCCUCUUACAGAGCAUCCCCUCAAAAAUGUGCAUGCUCUUAACAGCUACUGAUAGCCCUGCUGAUUAUUUGAAGGCUAACAACAUGGUCCCACCCUAUUCAUGGUUCUGGCUUUUGCAGAUUUGAAUAUUCAUGGUUUGAUUAAAAUUAUGUCUCUAGGAAUCUCUAAGUCCUCUAGUGUGACUCUAUGGUCAACUUCCUCCCUCUCAUGCUGGGACCUAGAGAUUUCUAGAGAGAAAUGCUUUAAUUAGAGUUGCAUAUUCCAUCUUAAAUUACAAUUCUAUGUAAGGUAUUGAAUUUGCAUUGAUUGCAUUAUCAUAACACAGAGAAGACUUCUAAUUUCACCAUACAGUUCUGGUAUUUCAAUCAUUAAUCAUGUUAAGAGUAUAUAUACCUUUUUGUGGGGGGAUUAAAAUAUGUAUAAUGAUACACUGUUACUUGUGUGUUCACCUUUUUGGGCAAUAUACUUCAUUUUAUUACUAUUAGAAUUAACUUUUAAGGUCUCAACUUUAACUUCAUUUUUGAAGGGGACAUGCUGUAUAUCAGUGUUUCUUAGGGCCCUUCCAGACAGGCCCUAUAUCCCAAGAUCUGAUCCCAGGUUUUCUGUUUAUCCCAGAUUAUCUGGUAGUGUGGACUCAUAUAAUCCAGUUUAAAGCAGAAAACCUGGGAUCAGAUCCUGGGAUAUAAGGCCUGUCUGAAAGAGCCCUCAGUCUCUCCUGUCACAAAUCUUAACUUCACUUGAACAGUCUUCGGUAAAUGCAAGGAGUUCAAGGACAGCAGUCUUCAGUUAAAAUUGAGAGUUUAAAAUAAUACAAGAGCAAUUAAUAUCAGAUUCAAAACUUGCCCUUGAGCUCGGCUGACGCUGCUGCUCCUCCCGUUGCUCCACCGGGAACUCACAAAUCUCAGUGGUUACCUUGCUGAAGAACUCAAGUAUACACACACACAAACACACACACAAAUAAAACAAUAUCUUAUGGCAUUUAAAAAUGAACAGAUUCAUUGUGGCAUGUGCAUAUUUUAGAACGACUAUGACAUAAUUAUGUUACUCUUUUAAGGUACCAUCUCAAAGCCUUCAUUUUGCCAGGACAAACUUCCUUGGAAGCUUUCUUAGAGCAUCAGUUAGGGUUAGUUUGCCUGCUGUACCAGAAGGAGGACUUUGUGAAAAUUGUGUAUCUUAAAUAUCCUUAAUCUUUACCUAGCACAAAAUCAACUGUGGGUUGUUGGCAAUGGAAAUAUUAUUUAUCACUCUGUAUCAGGUAGACUGAGCAACGAUCUAAAAUGUCAAAUCAAUUUUGUUUAUAUUUGCUGUAUUUAUUACUUGUUCAAACAGGUUUAUUAAUUUGAAUAGAAAGAACAGUUAAAUAGUGCUUACAUGUAACUUCUGCCCUUAUAAUAUGUAAUGCAACAUUGACGUGAGUUGUAUUUGGAACAUAAUGUAUUUGUAAUAAAGCAGUAUGGUAACCUUU